CACUGGAGGGAUUCCCCACCCGAACUGCGAUGAGUUUCACAGAACUGAGCGCAUCUCCUCUUGAACUUCUCCGAGAAGCUCCUCCCUGUAACAAAUCAAGUUGUGAUAAAGGACACCGAAAACCUUCAAAAAAGGAUUUCAGCGGGGAGAGCACGCAAGAUUAACGAGAUGAACCUUGAGGAGGACAGCGGCCUGUCAGUCAGCUGCGGCAAUGGGAAACUGAGACAGUGGCUGAUUGAUCAGAUUGACAGCAGGACUUAUCCCGGCCUGGUUUGGGAAAAUGAUGAAAAGAGCAUCUUUAGGAUUCCCUGGAAACAUGCAGGGAAACAAGACUAUAACAGAGACGAGGACGCAGCGCUCUUCAAGGCAUGGGCAAUGUUUAAGGGAAAAUAUAAGGAGGGAGUCGACAAGCCAGAUCCCCCCACAUGGAAAACCAGACUACGCUGUGCUCUUAAUAAAAGCAAUGACUUUGAUGAGUUAGUGGAAAGAAGCCAACUGGACAUCUCAGACCCCUAUAAAGUCUACAGAAUCAUCCCAGAAGGAGCCAAAAGAGGAAUGAAGAUAAGUAUGGAGGAGACAUCACAUGUAAAUGCCCUUGGCUUUCCCCCUCCAUAUACAUCUCCACAUGACCAGGUAUCUGGCUAUAUGGUUUCUCAGGACAGAAGAGACUGGAGGGAUUACUCAGCCUCAGAACAGCAACCUCUUCCUCCUCCGAAUCAACACGGGCCACAUGCAGAGCUGCAGUACGGGCAGUUCCACUACCCAUCACCGUUCAGCCGGGCUUGGCCCGGGUCACAUACAGAAAACGGUUUUCAGCUCUCCUUCCACACCUACUUUUCAGAGUCCCAACCACCUGUGUAUUCAAUAAACCAAAGCAAUGGCAUAACAGAUUUCAGCCUGCAUGUGUCCCUAUACUACAGAGAGUCUUUGGUGAAGGAGGUAACCACCACCAGUCCAGAAGGUUGUCGGAUCACCUCUCAUUCCUCCUCCUCUCCAUCCUCUUCCUCGUCCUCUUCCCCGUGCCCAGAGGACAAGCUUCAUAGCGGGGCAGAAAUCAUCCUUUUUCCAUUCCCGUACCCCGAGUCUCAGAGACAGGGUGCUGAGAUGCUUCCUAAUGUUCUGGAGAGGGGGGUGCUUCUGUGGAUGACACCUGAUGGGUUAUAUGCUAAGCGCCUCUGCCAGGGUCGAGUUUACUGGGAGGGACCUCUGGCUCCUUAUGUGGAUAAACCCAACAAGCUGGAGAAGGAGCAGCCAUGCAAACUUUUCGACACCCAGCAAUUUCUGAUUGAGCUUCAAGAGUUUGCCCAUAAUGGUCGACACUUACCAAGACACCAGGUAGUGCUGUGCUUUGGAGACGAGUACCCCGACCCACAGCGCCCAAGGAAGAUGAUCACAGCACAGGUGGAGCCGGUAUUUGCCAGAAAACUGGUGUACUAUUACCAGCAGAACAAUGGCCACUACCUGCGGGCUUUUGAUCACAUCCAGGAACAGAACACAUCUACAACAAUCGACUAUCCCUCCCAGAGACCGCUACAGCAUAUUCAGGAGUGACAAGCAGACAGACACACACACACACACACACACACACACACACACACACACACACACACACACACACACACACACACACACACACACACACACACACACACACGUGAGGCCAUAAAUGUGAAUGUAAUCCACUGACCUUUUCUCACUCACUGUGACUACAGUGUACUGUAAAUGAAACAAGCUGUCAUGUAACUGAGGGGUAAAGAUGGGGAAGACCCUGUCGUUUCGACUUGCACACCUAUGCGUUGUAGUCUUUUUGUCGGUGACUGUAAAGUUGUGCUCUUUUUUUUCUACAAGUAUUAUUGUGACACUGAAGGAUGCGGUUUGAGGGUGAGGGGAUGAGGGGAGCGGAGGGCGAGUGAGACAGGAAGUACUAGCACAGGUGCACAGGAAGAAUGGCCCCUGAUACAAACACUGAUGGCACAAAGGGACGCAACUGUGUAUUAAUGAAUAUUUAUUGUAUUUUCACAAGUAACAGUUGACAAUGGGAUUGGUGCACUCGCACGCUGAAGUCGCACAAUCACGAACUCUGCUUUUUAAACUCAGUUGACACACUCCUUCUGUGAUUAGGUGAUUAGGUGAGCAAGUGUCAACAAUAUCUAAGUCCGUUGUAGACCUCAGUUCUGCUCUGGUUGGUGUGGUAGAGGACGCUGUUAUACAAAUAGUUUAUCUUUUGGAUGUAUGUUGCAGAAUGCACUUAAGAAAAUCUAUCGAUGUACUGAAUCUGGUCAGCUUUUGAAAAUAUGUGAUUCCUUUAAAUUAAGUCAAACUGACAAAAGGGUUCCAAGAUAAUCAAAGAUUAUUACAAAGAUUGUAAUUAUUCAAUGUCUCUAUUCUUUGUUUGUUUCUUGCUUUGUCUUGUAAAAUACUGUAUAGUUUUACUUUUUCAAUCUGAUUCAAACUCUCCACCUUUGAUUAACUUCUAACAACUUAUAGAGAUGAAACUUCUGACGAGGGUUUGCAAGUAGACAUGGCUUCGUAUGAGACGCUCACAAGCAAAACAAGUUUGGGGACCACUGGCUUACAACACAUGAUCAGGGAGAAGUUUGACCUGAAGGUCUUUGUCACCAGAAAGAAGUUGGUUGACUGGAAAAAUCACACUCAUCCCGUAACUCGCAGGGAAACCGUACCUGUUCCUCUUGACAUGAAACUUUAGGCCUCGCAAAUGGGAAGAAAAACUACCUUUGUGGUCAGCGUGAAGGUUGAGCCAGGGUGGAGCUCUCUGGUUCCCAUGCCGAUACCGUAGAGGUUAACAUACUAGAUGUCCACACAAAACUAAGAUCCUAACAACCUACAGAUGAUGCAUAUAUGCAAUAGUCAGGAUAAUGCAAUUCCUUAAGUUGCUGAAGUAAUAAAGGCUGAUGCUGCAGCAGAAGGGAUACAGGUUUUGUUAUGUUUUUCCUCUGUGGUCCAGAGUUUCGAUCUCUGCAUUUACUUCCUUCUCACUUAAACCACAUCACUUUCACAAUGGCUUUAAAAGUCUGACCAAAAUCACAGGCGGGAAUUGUUCUGUGUGUGUCUGUGUGUGUCUGAACCAUAAAUCAUUUCCCUCUUAACAUCUCAGUCGGUCUGAUUCCGUGCUGGGUGAAAUUAAGUUUCUUAUUACUUCGCAGUCAGUCAUUGACUCAUAACAUCCUUAUAGUGAAAAUGUAACUAGCUCAAUGUACAGUGUGCUGUUGUGGUAAUCACUUUGUGUGUAUGUGUAUAGUAAAGGGCCAUGUUUGUGAGCAUGUGUGUGGGUGGGUACAUAUAUUCGUGUCAUAAAGUUGCACUAUUACUGUUAUCAAGAAUUGACAUUUAUGGGCUCAGGAUAAAACAUGUGACUCCCCGCCUACAUCAGUGACUCAAACACAGACAGGCACAUCCAUUUCACAUCAUACCUUACAGUUACAGUUAAACAUUCAGGACAAAUGAAAAUGAAAUCACAAAAUAAGUGUAUACUGACAAAAAAAAAAAAAAAAAAAUACUUGUUAUGGUGCCCAUAUCUCUAAUGCGUUGUAAAUAUACUUAAAAGCUUUAUAAUCUGGAAAUAUUCAUAAUGCUUUAUAAAAAAAUAAGUGGCCAACAUUUUUUUUAUGUAUUUUUUGUUAAUUAUUCAUUAUAGACAUGGGCAUAAUAGAAAGGGUUGCUGAAAAUUGUUCCAGUAUUUUGAACAACAUAUGUGAAUAAUCACAAGGAAUUGAAAUUAUAAGGAGAUGGAUUAAUUAUGGAUAUAUGAUUUAUUUUUAAAUAAACUUUUCAAUCUUCUA